AUGUUGGACAGUAUAUUUGACGAUGUAAAGCGCAUGAACAAACGGCAGUUUAUCUACCAAGUGUUAAGUUUUGGAAUGAUAGUUUCAUCAGCCCUGAUGAUAUGGAAGGGUCUCAUGGUUGUUACUGGUAGCGAAAGCCCCAUAGUCGUAGUAUUGUCUGGCAGUAUGGAACCUGCUUUCCACAGAGGUGAUUUAUUGUUUUUGACGAACUAUCCUGAGGAGCCAGUGCGUGUCGGAGAGAUUGUUGUCUUCAAAGUAGAGGGACGUGACAUUCCAAUCGUCCACAGAGUUUUAAAGCUGCAUGAAAAGAACAAUGGAACAGUGAAAUUCCUAACCAAAGGUGACAAUAACAGUGUAGAUGAUCGAGGCUUGUAUGCCCAGGGACAGCUAUGGCUUACAAAAAAAGAUGUUGUUGGUCGUGCAAGAGGGUUUCUACCUUACGUUGGCAUGGUUACAAUUUAUAUGAACGAAUAUCCAAAGUUUAAGUUUGCUGUGCUGGCGUGCUUAGCAAUGUAUGUGCUCGUGCACAGGGAGUGA